GUCUUUCUUUUCUUACCCCUUGUUUUGGGUUUUGAAUCUCCAGGAUGCAGCGCUGCGUGAUUGGAAGGCUCUGCGCUGGGAUUAGCUGUGUGAUUUUUGGGUCUGGCUGCUGUUAGCCGGCCUCCUGCGGGACAUUUACGCACAUGCACGCUCCCCGAGACUUUAACACAUGAGAGGCAAGCAUCACAGGCCAACCAUGAAAAAGAUUUACAUUGGCAAAACGGCCUUAAAAGUGUCCCGCAAUGGUGGCAAGCAUCCCAAGAAGAGUUCGUUGCUGGAGCAGAAAGAGGACCUCCGAAAGCGUCUCUCAUACACUACUCACAAACUGGAGCUGCUGCAGAAUGAGUUUGACUCCACUAAGGUGUACCUGGAGACAGAGCUGCGGAGGGCCCAGGAGGAGCUCGACAAGUUCACAGACAAACUGCGCAGAAUACAGAGCAGCUACUCAGCCCUGCAGAGGAUAAACCAGGACCUGGAGGAGAAGAUCCACCGAGAUACGCAGCAUCACGAUGACGAGAAGAGAGCCCUGAGCCGAGAGAUCAUUGUCCUCAACAACCGUCUGGUAGAGGCCAAGCUUACCAUCGAGAAGCUCCAGGAGGACAAUGAUAUGUACCGUAAGGACUGCUCUCUGGCUGCUCAGCUCCUGCAGUGCCGGGCUCAGUUGGACGAGCUCCCUACAGACUUCCAGGAGCGCAUGACUCUUCACAUGGAGGAAGAGGAGGAGGAGACCCCAUUGUACUCUGACCCGGUCCCUGCCUCUCACCUGAGCCCCAGCCUGGACAAGCCCGACGACGGAGGGAGCAGCAGCCAGGGGUCCCGCUCGCCUAGCCCCCCCGGCCCCCUCCCCCACCCCCAGGAGCACACCUUCAUCCUGGAGAGCCUGGGGGGUCCCGGGGGGCGGCUGGGUCUUCGUGCGGCCUACAAGUCUGACCUGUACAGCAGCGACACGGCCCUGUACUGCCCUGAUGAUAGGCACAGGGAGAGGCGCCCCAGCAUGGACCUGCAUGGGCACAGGGCCAUGGUGUAUGGGCCCCAGAACUCCACCGACAGCCAGAGUAAUCCUGAGGAGGGCUCCGUGGGCCUCACCCAGAGCUUCUCUCAAGAGCACUUUUCCAAGUUCCCUCCUCUGCUGGGCACCGGCUCCAGCUCCUAUUCCAGCUUCAGCGCCGCGGGCUCAGAAGACAAGCCCCACGGCCCCCCGAGCUCCAACGCCUCCUCCCCCCACCACCACACCCUCUACAUGGAGUGGAGGGACGCGGGUGAGUACGACGACCGCAAGAGCGAGUCCUCCUGGGAGGGCGACGCCGACAGCCCCGGAGUCUUCAGCAAUGCCCCCUCCUUCCAGCAGGGAGAGAUGUCACACCAUCAGAACAACGGCAGCUCGCCCGUGUACAGCCGCACUAUGUCGUCCUGCUUCAGCGAACCUUAUGAGCCCCUCCCCCCUUCCUCCUCGCCCAGUGUUGCCUAUGGAGACAGUCGCCGCGGCAGUACGUUAGCACCUGAGGAGGAGGAGCUAAUCUGCCGGUGGCGACAACUCAGCGUGGAGGACUUGCAUUCGUACCGCAGUCCUGGCCGCGCGUCGCCAUACAGUUUCUCCGAGCAACACUUUUCCGUCCGACCUGCCAAAAUCCGAUUGGGUCCCAUGUACAGCAGCUUCCAGGAAGGCGCAGAUUACUAUCACCUCCACCAGGGCGGCGCCGUCAUGGACCAAGGGUGGGUGGGGGCGGGCGCGUCAGGAAGCCAGGAAUGUGGGAUUAGGCAAGCGCACAGCCAAGCCCACCUGUACCGGGCGGAGGGUAGCCAAGGAUCAGAGCAGAGCCUGUACCACUCGGGAAGCUCCAAGGACCGGGAAGGGGCAGGGCCAGGGCCAGUGGGGCAGGGUCAGGAGUACGGGGAGGAGCCGAGUCCCAACAGCUCCACCGAGUCUCUCCACCAGAGAUCGCUGGAGAUGGCGGCGGAGUUGCAGCACUACCAGGUGGAGAUGCACAGCCUGCCCCCCCAGGUGAGCCAGGUGAGCCAGGUGAGCCAGUCGCCACCCCCAGCCCCACCCCCUCCCUACGGUCACGCCCCCCUGACCAAGUUUGGGUCUCUGGGGUUGACCCGGAAGGACAGUCUGACCAAGGCCCAGCUCUACGGGACAUUGCUGAACUGAACCACUUUUGUAUUACCUGUUUACAAAGAUCAGGCAGAACACUACGACCAUUACCACUGAUGCCACGUACACCAUCAUACUGUAAUCACUAAGUUUACCUGGGAUUGGUCCAUAGAGAUUUAAUUUCCUCAAGCACAAUCUCGACAGACCAAUCAUAGACAAGGGGGUUUAUGUGACAGUUUACAAAGAGAGCCAGGUUUAACCCAGGUCUACGCCAGGACUAAAUCAGAUCUAAACCAGGUCUGAUACAUAAUUAACACAGCAGAUUGGUAAUACCCCUUAAGAGCUACAACAAAUCAGGACAAACCUAGGACUAAACCAAGUCUUAACCACCUCUGAUACUGUCCACUGCUGAACGGGAACUCCCCACAAGAGAUGCAAAAUCCAGGAAUUUGCCAGGACUAAACAAGGUCUAACCCAGGACUAAACCAGGAUUUAAACAGAACUUAAUCAGAUCUAACCCAG